AUGGCUGACCACGAAUCGCGAGGCGACUCGUCGCAUCCAGCAGAAGACUCUGGCGCAGAGUACGGGUCGUCGAGUUAUGCUACUAUUGUGCAGACUGACGAAGAUGCGUCGUCCAGCAGAGAGGCGUUCCAACGGCCUAGGCAAGGCCGUGGUUAUGGGUCUAUCACUCAGUCUUCUGGACGGGCGAAUUUAACGGAAGAUGAAUCGAUACGUUCUGGAUCUGGUCGUCAUCAACACCCUCAAUCUCCAAAUAUCGGUCCCCAGUCUGAGCGGACAAGAAAACCAUCUACGAUACGCCGAAUGUCUUCGAAGCCUUAUCGAGGUCAAGAGUUCUCCGUUGAUGAUGAUGCCCGUGAAGUUGAGCAGGACAAUGCCUUGCAGCAACAACAGCAGACGAGCAUCCCGGCACAACCUUCCCCAAGGAUCCUUCCCACGACGACUAAGAAUUCCACACUGAGGCGACGAAACAAUGCAACAGCCCCUUUGACCCAUAAAGGUAGCUGGCAAAAUGAUGACGACGACUUUACACUCCCUGAAGCCGGACCGAGUAACUUCGGGGAGGAUGACUUGGAGGAUGGCUUGGAGGAUGAGAAUGGAGAUGAUAACGAUGACGCCGACAACCGCAGUGAAGCAGAGAGCUUUACAUUGAGGGACCGUCAAGCAGCGAUCAACGAGACACAUCCGUUCGGUAUCAGAAUUUGGAAGCCUGCGCUAUACAAGAAGAACCGCUCGGUUGAGAAGACUGCUGAAGGUGAUAUCCACUCGUCUCCCGGUGGACGUGUUAACAACCUCUUAUUUCUUGUCAAUCUAAUGUGGUCAUUUAUAUUCGGAUGGUGGCUUGCGAUUGCUGCCCUGGUUGGCGGUAUAGCUUGUUAUCUUUGUAUCUUCUCUCCUCACGCAAGAGAGUAUGGAAACGUCUUCUUCGGUCUGUCCCGUUAUAUGCUUUAUCCCUUCGGGUCAUUUGUUCGGCUAGAAAGCGAUGAGCAUUAUGUCGACGAGGAUGAAGGCGAGGGUCGCAGUAUCAGCGAAUAUGAGCAGUGGCAGAGCGGAGACUUGGAGCAUGGACGACUGUUCUUUGGUCCCACAAGCAGCAGAUCCCUUGUCGGGCGACGACGAAGUAGCAUCGACUCGGGGUUCAGUGAACAUGACAGUCUGCUCGGACGUACUGGUAGAGGUGGUCGCCUCGGGUCGAAUUCUUCCAGACCAAAACGAAGACUGUUUGGCCGCGGCGAGUGGACUUUGGCCAGAGUUGUUUUCUUUGCAUUUUUCUAUUUCCUCACGGGCCCGCUGAUGCUUUUGGUGUCAUUAAUAUGUUGGUUUUUUGUCUUCUUGAUACCCAUGGGCCGCGUGAUGAAUAUACUUGUGGACCACCUUCGUCGCCAUCCUCUUGCUUUGUCUUUUCACUACGAUUCCACAUACACGCGGUUGCCAUCUAGCCCUUCCUCUUCAAUCCUCCUGUGUACGUACAGGGCGGCUGGUCUGCGCUACUGGAAGUACACUAUUGACGGAACCAACAUCUUCCUUUUCAACCUCAUGAGCAUCGUAGUUUUCGUUAUCUUUGACUACUGGGUGCUGGAUGUGACCUUCGGGUUUGAUUCAUGGUUGACACAUCCGGGCCUUGUCUUCACACUAUCCCUUUUGUCAAUAAUUCCUCUAGCAUACUUCAUCGGCCAAGCAGUUGCUUCCAUUUCCGCCCAGUCUUCCAUGGGACUGGGUGCUGCUAUCAACGCUUUCUUCUCUACUGUAGUAGAAGUUUUCCUCUACUGCGUUGCUCUCGACCAGGGCAAAGCUCAGUUAGUUGAAGGAAGUUUGAUUGGCAGUAUAUUUGCCGGUAUUCUCUUCCUACCGGGAUUGUCAAUGUGUUUUGGUGCGAUUCGUCGCAAAACGCAGAGAUUUAACGUGAAAUCUGCAGGCGUUACUUCGACCAUGCUACUCUUCGCGGUAAUUGCUGCGUUCGGACCAACUUUGUUUUAUCAAAUAUACGGUAGUCACGAGCUUAACUGCCGGUCAUGCGCCAAUUCGUUUGACGAACGUGAUUGCCGCCGAUGCUACUUCUCACAAUCUCCUGCCAUUAAUGAUGAGUUCUUCCGCAAAGCAGUACAGCCAUUCUGCUGGUUUGCGGCCGUCUUCCUCUUUUUGUCAUACAUUAUCGGCCUGUGGUUCACUCUUCGGACCCAUGCUGCCGUCAUAUGGGCCACUGAUGGAGACGAAAAGAAAGCUCCUGCUGUAGGACAUGAAUCGUCCAUGCACGACUCGCGCCAUUCUCAGCACCCAAAUGGCCUAUCUGGAUUCGGUGGAGAUAUUCAAUCGAAUAAUAUCAGAGAGUCUCAAUUAUACAAACGUAUCUUGGGACAAUCAUUGCAGCAAAUUGGUCUUGAACAUGAAAGCUUUGAUUUUGGCUCCGUCAACGGGUUACCACCACAUUUGGAUCCAUCCCGACCGAAAUCUCCAGAUGACCUCCACGGGUUGCACCUUCGCGGGCUGACGGAGGAAGACAACGAAAACCUCGCGCGUCAAGUGGCUGAAGUCGCAGCGACCGCUGCAACGGUAGCCGCGCGCGAUUCCACUCGAAAUCAUCAUCACAGAACCUCCGGGAACCCGGGACGAGCGCAAGAAGCAAAGACCACAAGUCAAUCGGGACCUAUUACCGAGGAGCACGAGUUUACCGGGGCACCAGUAGAGACGCAUACUGGCGGAGGUCACGAUGCGCCGAACUGGAGCAAAACGAAGAGUGCAGUUAUACUUCUUGGAGCCACGGUUCUUUACGCCGUCAUCGCUGAGAUCCUCGUCGAUACUGUCGAUGUCGUUUUGGAAAGCGUGGAUAUAGACGAAAAGUUUUUGGGUAUUACUUUGUUUGCAUUGGUGCCGAAUACAACUGAGUUCUUGAAUGCCAUCUCAUUUGCGAUGAAUGGAAACAUUGCGCUUUCUAUGGAGAUUGGUUCUGCAUACGCUCUUCAAGUCUGCUUACUCCAAAUCCCAGCACUCGUACUAUACAGUGCUGUGAACGCACGAUUCAUUGACCCGGCUGACCUGAUCAGCCAUUCAUUCAACCUUAUAUUCCCCCAAUGGGACAUGAUAACCGUAAUCCUCUGCGUCUUCCUCCUCUCAUACGUCUACGGAGAAGGGAAAAGCAAUUACUUCAAAGGCUCGAUCCUGGUCUUAACCUACCUAGUCGUUAUAAUCGGAUUCUAUCUAUCUGGUUACAAUGACCUUGAGACCCUCGGCAUCGACCGCUUUGAUACUUUGGCACUUGGUUCGUCGUCGUCAUCUUAUUCAACUGCUGGUGGGAAGUUUUAUACCGUUGGACAGGGUAAGAGUGGUAUCGCUUUUCCUGCCUCCGCGCCGGCGUAAUUGAUUCCUGCAAGAUGUUCUAUAUAAUGCCCUCUCUUUUUGUGUAGUGUAUGAAGCUUGCUUUUUGGUGUGGCUGUGUAGUCGUGGCAUUUGGUAUUUUUCUUGUCGUGCUUGCCUCUUGUUUAAAUUGUUUUGAUGAAUAUACGUUUAUGUUUUUUGCAUGCAUUGUUGUCUAGACACAGGGUUUAUGUGUAUAUGAAGGUAAUACAUGCUACACUAAUAAAA